GAGCCGAAUGAGCUUGAGGUGCAGCGAUUCAGAAAGCGUCCGCUGAGCAGAGCGACGUUGCCGGACGAGUGGAUGAGUGAGAGUUUACGCAUGAGGACAAAGUCAGUGGAAUGAUACCAUGCUUGCGCUUUUCAUACUGACAGUACACAGAUCUCGCCUCAGUCAGCCCUCAGAGGAUCAGCCACCACCACUGCCCAAGCCAAUUCGAUUUAAGCAACAGCCUGUGUAUAUAAGCAAGACCUCUGCCUACCCUAUGCCGGUAGAUAUUACUGAUAAAACUGAGAGAGCUAAAAGUAUCAAAAGCGUCCGCAACACGCGGUAUGACAGCCCGCAGCCAAGGGGGCGACGGCCAGCCAGUAGUGCCAGCACCGUGGGAAUGUUGACACCCAAGCGGAGUUUUCCGUAUUAUACGAUUUCUGGAUCUUCUUUGCCACGGCCUGCAGCCUCUUUUGGCUUCAGAUCUGUUUCGCGCGCAACAUAUGCCAGUCGCACCGCACUGGAAAGUGAGCCUGCGCAAAACCUCGUUAGCGAUGCGGGUGUUGUGGCUUCGUACAUCACUUUUCCUGCAGAUGCUCUGGUCGACAACAAAAUGCCAGCGCAUAUUAACGUUGAAGGCGUCGAUGAUGGUACGAACGAGGAUGCGGAAGCAACGUCGCACGCGACACCUCCUAGCACAGACGGGCACGACGACACAGCAAACGUCGCUAUGCCUGAAGGGCAUCCGAAAAUCAUAAGUCCGGAUGAUAUUGAGAAGGCCGGCGACAUAUUAAACGCCACUGAGUCUAGCCAGCAUCACCCGACAACCGUCAGUCCAGAUGAUAUUGAGAACACCGACGACGACGCUCCGAUCCACCCUGCUGAAGAAUCUACAGAGCCAGCACAAACGCGAGAGCCAAUAUGUCCCGAUCUCGACCGCUGGAUCCGAACUCUCACAUCUUCGCCCGGACCCCAACCGAUGCCCACCCUUCCACCCUCUCCCCCAAACGCCUACAAGUCCAUACCAGAUGGUCUUAACACGAUCGUACCUGGCGUACCUGUCUCUAAGCCUGAUGUAAUCGGGAGUAUUGCCACGAUCAACGACAUCCCUGUAGGCAGCAAGACGAGAAGGAUAGCUGAGCGGGAGCUAGAAGAGGCGCGCGCGCGAACGGAGGCGGCGACGGCAGAGAGGCAGCAGGUUGCGUUGACGAAGGGUAAGGGGAGGAUGAGGAGGUUGUUUGGGAGGGUAUGGGGGAAGGUCAGGAGGCGCAAGGAUGAGAGGCAAAGGGCCGCUCAAGGGACAGAAGGAGCUUAGGCUGUGAUAGUGGAAGUGCGGACACUACAGUGUGUGCUAGAGAAGGAAAAAAAGAGAUCGCGAUGGGCUCAUGUUCAGCAUGUCUGCGGCAUUUGGA